AGGUUACUGUAACAACAUUUUAACAACACUUUAUUUGGUAAAGAGCCCUUGAAUAAAUAUAACAAUGCUUUGACUCAUGAAAAUCGAGCACAAUUUGUGCAAUACUUUAAAAAAUAAAAAAUGCUGGGUGGAGAGUUUGUGAAUAGACUUGCACAACAUUUACAGUGCUGUCACAACAUUUGCAUGAUAAAUAACGAGGAAAUACGUAUCAGGCAGAUUUUAUAUUGGGACCAGCUGCACUUGUGUCCUCCUGUUUAAUAUAGCUCAGCAUAAGUGUUAAAGACAAAAACAUUAAGGUAAAGAUGCCCCACAACAUUCUGUAUCCACUGCUGCUUCUCCUGUUCAGCUGUGACUGUAUUGCUGAGGACCAGCAGGAAGGGAACAAAGUGCAGGCUGAGGGGACUGAGCAAUUAAAGGUGGAAAAAUUCCAGUCUGAGCUGGCAGAGCUGAAAUCUACCGUGAGUUCUCUGAAGUACAAACUACAGGUCACUGAGGAACAGCUGAAACAGCUCAGGAGAAAUGAAUAUAAAGUGGGAUUUGGCGCCACACUUGGAUCAAUAGGUAACUUUGGACCCUUCAGUGCUCCAGUCACCCUGGUUUACAGUAAUGUCUAUGUGAAUGAGGGAAGCGCUUACAACCCAAACACUGGUAUCUUCACAGCACCUGUAAAAGGGGCCUAUUUCUUCAGUUUCUCUGGACAUAACCGCUCAUCUAAAGUUCUGAAUUUAGGGCUCUUUAAAAAUGGAGAACAGAUGGUAAUUGUUUUCAAUAAUCCUCUAGGUGACCGCUAUGAAUCAACAGCUAAUUCAAUCUCUUUGAGUCUAGAGAAAGGAGAUUGUGUCUAUGUGCGUCUCCGUGAGACUUCAUGGGUCUUUGAUAAUAACAGUCACCACAAUUCAUUUGUUGGGCAUUUACUUUUCGCUCUUUGACAAUCUUACUAUGAAGCACAAAGUCAUAACUAACGUAUUUCUGCUUGCAAGACUAAUAUUUUAUUCUGGUAUGUUUUCAUAUGCAUAAAAAAAUACACUUUUAAAGACAAGAUGUAGGCCUGGUGAAAGUUAGUGUGGUAAUGAUGCAGAUAAAGGGAACAAGUACUAGACUGCUGUCUGAAUAUUUAAUAUAUAACCCUUUUAACUUGAGCAACAAGCUGAGCUAAUCAAAUUUCAGAAUUCACUUCUGCCUAGUGAUAGAGGAGGGGAAUUUCUAAAUAGUUAUAUUAGAGAAAUGAUAUAGGCCUAAUCAUAUAAUGCUACAGUGCUCUUUGCUCAUGUACCUAUCCAAUAUAAACUGUUGUAAUAUUUUUGCUGGUGGGUUUUCUCUGUGAUUUGUGUGAGAUACUCCCGGCCAUGAAUAAAGCAUAUCAAAAGCAUUG